CGAUAAGAAAUGGGAACCAUCAUCACCUACCCAAGAAGCAGGCAAAACGGGGGGAGCGAAACAAAACGGAGCAAGAACAGCGCCACAUCGACAUCUCCCACCUUCCUUGGGUUCCAUUCGAUUUGGGGAGCUCGGGCAGCCGGCCGCCGAUGAUCUCCGAACCGAGCACCAAUCCGCGGCGAGGAGGCUCCACCGGGUAACUGGGAAAGCGGAGCGAGGCGAUGGCGGAUGCCGGCGCGGCGGCCAAUGGCGGCAGGAACGGGUACGCGGUCCUUGAUCGGAGCGAGGAUCAGGAGCCGGAGCUGGACGCGCGGAGGAGGCCGCCGGUGCCCGAGAGCGAGAGGAGGAGGAGGGAGCGGUUCGUGUUCGCCUGCGCGGUCUUCGCCUCGCUCAACGCCAUCCUCCUCGGCUACGAUGUUGGUGUCAUGAGUGGCUGCAUCAUCUACAUGCAGAAAGAUCUCCACAUAACCGAGUUUCAGCAAGAAAUACUAGUAGGCUGUCUGAGCGUGGUCUCACUCUUGGGAAGCCUGUCAGGGGGACGAACAUCUGAUGUAAUUGGCAGGAAAUGGACAAUGGGCCUCGGUGCAAUUGUGUUCCAGUUAGGCGCCGUCAUCAUGACGUUUGCUCCAUCAUUCACUGUGCUUAUGAUCGGGAGGCUCCUAGCUGGAGUAGGCAUUGGCUUUGGUGCCAUGGUAUCUGGAGUGUACAUUGCUGAAAUCUCCCCUGCUGGUGCCCGUGGGACUCUCACGUCCCUCCCUGAGAUAUGCAUCAAUUUUGGGAUCCUCCUCGGCUAUGUUUCCAAUUAUGCCUUUUCCGGCCUUUCUGAGCACAUCAAUUGGAGAGUUAUGCUUGGUGUCGGUAUCCUUCCAUCUGUCUUCAUUGGCUUUGCACUUUUCGUGAUUCCAGAGUCCCCUAGGUGGUUGGUGAUGGAGAAGAGAGUUUCAGAAGCCAGGGCAGUGCUGCUACAGAUAAGUGAGUCUGAAGCUGAAGUAGAAGAACGGCUGGCUGAGAUUGAGGAAGCCGCAGGUCUUAUGAAAUCAAUGAAAUCUGAGGAGAAGGAAGUGUGGAAAGAGCUUCUAAACCCUUCUCCUGCUGUUCGUCGGAUGCUCUAUGCUGGCUGUGGUAUUCAAUUAUUCCAACAGAUUACUGGAAUUGAUGCUACUGUCUAUUACAGCCCAACAAUUUUCAAGGAUGCUGGGAUCAAGUCUGAUCAGGAGCUUCUUGCUGCGACCGUCGCUGUGGGUUUCACCAAGACAGUGUUCAUCUUGGUUGCAAUUUUCCUCAUUGAUAAAGUUGGCCGGAAGCCACUUCUUUAUGUCAGCACAAUUGGCAUGACUGUAUGCUUGUUUCUCCUAGGAGUGGCACUUACAUUGCAAAAGCAUGCUGCGGGGAUCAUGUCUCCACGUAUUGGGAUCGAUCUAGCAAUUUUUGCAGUUUGUGGGAAUGUGGCGUUCUUUUCAAUCGGCAUAGGACCAAUAUGUUGGGUCUUGUCAUCAGAGGUAUUUCCAUUGAGAUUACGAGCUCAAGGAUCAGCGCUUGGUCAAGUAGGUGGUAGAGUGAGCAGUGGUUUGGUUUCCAUGUCAUUCCUUUCUAUGGCCCGUGCUAUAUCAGUGGCAGGAACGUUCUUCGUCUUCGCUGCAAUAUCAAUUGUCUCUGUCCUGUUUGUGUACUUUUGUGUGCCAGAAACAAAAGGGAAAACUCUGGAGCAGAUUGAAAUGAUGUUUGAAAGUGGGGACGAAUGGAGAGGAGGUGAAAUUGAGCUUGAGGAUACACAACAUCUAAUACCUAGUAACAAGAAGUCUUUACCUCUUGGCUGAUAUCCAUAUUAACAAGAACGUCUGUAGCUCCAUGUUUCAAUGACAGGCCAACCUCAUCCUGCUUUCAUCAUCUGCUGGAUUCGAACUUCAUCUUCAAAAAUGAUACUUUGAGGACACAGAAGGACAUUGGUAUUUUAGUAGGCAUAGGUGACAGUAGAUUGAUUAUUCUGUUAGUCUAAAAGUUUCCUCAUAUUGUUAUGUCCAAAAUGGAAGAUGGUCGACGUGUAUGAUGUUUAUGACUGGUGCAUCUUGCACAAAAGAAUAUACUUGCUAAAUAGUCUUUCUGCAAAUCCCGUUCUUUCAUA